UUUAAAAUUAAACAAAUUAAUCAUUUUCACAUGUGUCAACGGAAUAUACGUAUUUGAAUUAUGAGAAUCAAUCGAAGUUUAAUAGAAGAUGAACUCGAGAACAAAAUCUUGCAGCUGAAGCCCCUAUAUUAUCCGAUAAAUUUAAACCCACUUUUCCAUAACAGUAAAGUACAGUGUUUAAAAAAAUUAAAUACUAUUCUGGACAGAGUAAACCGAAAAGAUUUGCAGAAAUCCAAUUUGAAAGAAAUUGUGGUAUAAUAAAAGACAAUUUCUUAAGGCGGAAACUGUCUUUCAAAAAACGAUGGAUAAGCUACUACCUGAACGCAGUGAAGCGACAACAACGAUCAUGCUCGAGUUUUUCACUGAUGUCGCUUUAUGGCCAAUGGAUAAUUUCAUUGCCCAAACUUUUGAGAUAGUUUUUUACUUUACCCGCCAAACAAUAACUGUUUUUAAUUUAAUACUCACAGACGUCCAGCGCGUGGCGAGUCACAAUGUUGAAGAUGCCAGACAUCGCAUUAGAGUAUUACACGACCUACUGAAGAGUGAGCAUUUAAUGUUGGAGACUCCAAAAUUACUAUCUUUAAUAAAGCGGCUCUUGAAUUACUAUACAAAUGAUAUAGUUGAUAGCAACAACAAACUAGUAGUAAAUUAUAAAUUGAGGAAAGGGUUUGAGGUGUGCCUACGUCAGAUUUUUGAAAGAGUUACUAAUCAACACCGCAUAGAAAUCAUAUACACAAUGUUGGACUGGUUCUCCUCGCUCGACAAGGAUCACGAAGACUUGUUGGAGCUCUCAUCGCUAGUUCAAUAUGCAGCGGAACUCUAUGAAGUAGGCUUGUUCAGUGAUCACCUGCCAGAACAUCUCAUGAUUCGUCUCUUAGAUUCUUUCGUUGGGUCGACGAAUCCAUCGCACUGUCUGGUUGGCUGCCGUUUAGUUCAACAUUUUUUGGAUAGACAACUAAACGCACAAUAUUUAGUGGAACCUAAAUUGUACUAUGAAAUUACUGAGACGCAAAUGAAAAUCGGAAAUAACAUUAAGAGCGAUAGAGAGUUUCUAAGGAAGCACAAAGAGCAAAUUCACGAAAAUUUCAUUCUGGCUGUAACGGAGCACUAUGAAGAUAGUACUAAUGUGAAGGCUGUGUUCACUGUAGUGUGUUGCAUGCUCUUGGAAGUGCCGUGUGGCAUGACCGCAGCGUCGGUCGCCUUCAUGAUGAUGGUCGUGCAAAAUUUUGCACUCCAGGAACAGAACAUUCCGCUUAGAUGUAAACACUGGAUGCACGCCAUUGUUAUUUCUGUCAUGUCCCUUAUUUGCUGGGUGCACAAAGCGCCAUUUUUGUGCCGCUAUGUGAACCAAAUAAUGAAUCGACGUGCAAAGGAGGCUCCUCAGUUAAAUCCACCCUUGCUACAAGAAUACCACGUGAGAAAUACAAACCCGUGGACAAAUGCAGAACUAUUCUUCGAGGAUUGGGAAUUAAGAUACGGAUUGUGGAAAGCUUUUUCAGUUUCGCCAGUAUAAUUAUCACGAAGACUAGAGAGUUACGGAAGAAAUCACCAAAAUUGGAAAAAUAAAUCAAUUAUAUGUUGUGCAAACAGCAGUUUGCAACCUCCCAGAUCUCGCUUGCUUGCUUUGACACGCUAUGACAAAAACGUGAACUUUUUCGCUUUAAGAAGACAAGAGAGCUAACGUGAACUUUCUCGUUGACUAAUUGAUAAAUAUACAAUGUCAGUGCAUCACGUUUACCUCGUAACAUGGUAAUGAUUGAGUGCUAUUUAUUACAGACGUUUCACUCUCGUUUAAUGAUGACGUUACUGUCUAUGCUUACCGUAUCAUUUGUAA